AUGGAAGCUACCAUGUUAGAUGAAAAUGGUGGCGAGGUAAGAAGAGAUGAAGACGAACGGCAAAAAUUGCCUAAUAUUCUUUCUACGGGUGGUAAAAGUUUACCAACAUUACUAUAUCAUAAUAGUUUGUUUCAAACCUUAUUAGGUGAGGGACUCGAUUUCCUGGAAGAGGAAGUUGAUAGUAGCACAGGUGAAAAAAAAAUUCAGAGUGAUAGGUUUGGUCAUGAAGUCAUCAAAGACAAUGGUGAAAUUGACUCAGUUAAGUUAGACAAAAUAAUUAAAGAAGUUAAAAAUGCUAUCUCGGGUGGUAGCGAAGAGUUAAAAAAAAUCAGGGCUCUAACUAAUAUUCCGAAAAAAAAUGUUAAUACUGCCACUGGUGAUUUUGAGGUUGAUAUUGCCGAAUUGACGAAGGCUGACGAUAUUGAAUUAACUAAACUAGACCAAGUGAUUGACGAAAGUAAACAUUACCAAGCAUUAGUUAAAGAUUCGACCGAUAAUAACAAUUCUGACAUUAUUGAUGAUGGUGAUGCCAAAAAACUUAGCGGGACAAAAAUAGACGAAAUUCGCAUAAAAUCUACCGCUUAUCAAAAAUUACUCACUGAUAACGACGGAACUCCUCUUGUUGGUGGCGGAGGUAAUAAACCUGAUUUAGUUUCGGCUGGUCGUAUAGACCAAGGCAAAAUUAACAAUAUGGACCGAACUGCUAAGGGUCAAGGAAACACUGUAAAUACUGAACUCCAAGACCAAGUCACCGCCCUUAAUCUCCAAGUAAACAAGGUUCGAACCCGACUAAGCAUUAUUAAUAGUGUUAGUGGUGACACUAUCCCCAAUGUGGCUCAAAAUACUGAUAACGCGGCUAAAAUAACGGAUAACCAGUUAGAACCGUUCCGAGCCGCCCGAGCCAAAGCGGAUGCGGACACUAGUGGCAAUGCCAACUGGCAUAAUGAUUUAGUCAAAAAAACUGAUUAUGAUAAGUUGGACGGCAAAUUAACUAACAUAAAUGAUAAUGUUUUCCAAUUAUUAAAAGAAAGGUUUCCCAAUUGUACGGAAAUGGAAAUCUCCAUCAGUUUUCGGGUGCCUGAGGAAAUUGCGGCCAUGGCUAAUGACUUCACUAAUUAUCAAUUAAUUCCAACCGAAGAAAGUGCGAUAAAAGAAAAAGCCCGACAGAUUAGCGAAGAAGAAAAUGAAUCGGAAGAGGAAAAAGCCAAAAAAAUCCCCAAAUUAGAAAAAAAGUUAGUGGUCGAAGAAAUUAAAGCCAAGAAAUUAAAAAGUCAAAUUGAAUUUAUUCUUGCCAUAAUUAGUCAACUAGACAAGUCCGCCUCCCGCGUCAUUCUUUAUCGCAAAAAUGAAAUUGGUAAUUGGCUAAAAACUGAACUCCAAGAUAAACCGCUUUUAUCUGGCAAAUUUAACUCUAUCGAAGAUUUUCUCACUAGUUUGGGGAUAAAUUGGCGAAACAUUCCGUGCUUUCAACAAAUAAUCGAGCAAUUCGACCAGGAAAGACUUUUGGAUGAGGAAAGGGCUGAGGAAAGUUUAAGCCAAGAGGAGAUUAAUGAGUUUAUUCACCAAAUCGAUAAACAAUUAACCGAAAAAGAUAUUGAGAAUACUGGUAAAACUAUUCUUUCCACUAUUCACAAAGCCAAAGGCUUAGAAGAAGAGGUGAAUUUAUUCUAUACGGCUAUCACCCGAACCAAAAAAGAAUUAUAUCUAACUGCUAGUUGCCACGAAGAUUGUUCCCGCUUCAUUAAAUAUUUAGACCCUAACUUAAUCGAAUUACUACCAAUUGAUUUGUUAUCGACAACAACUAGCCCAAGCCUAAAUCAACACGCAAUUCCAGUCGGGUCAGUGGUCGAACUAAUUGGUGAAAAAGGCGAAGAAGAAGUCUGGCAACUUUUGGCUAAUAACCAGAAAAUUAAAUUGGAAAAGUUAAUCAAAAACUGGCAAGAAAUAGAAGAUUUGCAAAUUGAUAUCUACUUGGAAACCCCAAAUAACAUUUAUUUUAUUGAAAAAAUAUUAGAGCAGCAAAUUUAUCGUCAAGGAAAAAUUCAGGAAAACUUUUCCUCAGCAAAAACUAUUACCUAUCUAAUCAGUUUUUCCACCGGCGAAUUAACUAAUGAUUUUCAAAAUUUUCUGAUUAAUGAAGAAAUUAGUGAAUUACUGGCGACUCAUCAUGAUAAAGUUCACUCUAAAACUUGGGAAGCCGAAUAUAAUAUCAAACGAAUUGAUGAAUGA